AUGGAAUGUGACGAGCCGAUUGAGGUAACGCCAGGCGUUCAGGCCACUGAGGAUAAUGAGGUGGUUGAGCCUCAGGUUUGCGGAAGGCCGCACACCCCUCCUCCUCAGCCCAUCGUUCAUGUGGAGGUUUGUCUCACCCGUGGUAGCACUGCAUCGCGGGCCGCCGUGUGCCAAGCGGUUGGAAUGCACCUACGGACCAAACAAGGCACCUGCAAUCUUCCCGCCCUUUGGGAGCACGUCUUCGUCUGUACUUCGUCUUCUGAGCAGACAUUUUUCAACGAAAACAUUGCCUCAAUCGGCUUGAGCACGGAGGACACGGAUUGUCCGUUAGGCAGAGAAUCGGUAACACAAACGGUCGUGCAUUUGGAGACGGCGCCACUGGUGUAUCACGUCUACCGUCUGGUCUCAGGUGAUGAGGCGGACCCCACCCACGAGACCCUCGAGGUCUCCUCCGAGGUCAUUAGAGGGGGCACUCGAUGGGCUCUGCCCUCUUCCGCCUUUGAUGGACUUUGGGACACCCUCGUCUACGACUCAAGCGUUAAGAGGGACCUCCUCAAGUACGCCGAGUCCGCUCUCCUCUUUGCCGAUUAUGAGGUGAGCCAGCACGUGAUCGCUUGGAAUCGCGUUAUCUUUCUACACGGUCCUCCAGGAACCGGUAAAACAUCCUUAUGUCGUGCCCUCGCGCACAAGCUUUCCAUCCGCCUCUCUCAUCGCUUUACAUCGGCAGCGCUGAUCGAGAUUAACACGGUCAACCUGAUGUCAAAAUGGUUCUCCGAGUCUGCUCGCCUCGUCUCCCAGAUGUUUUCAUCGAUUUUCGAGUAUAUCGAAGAUCCCAACCACCUAGUCUUUCUUCUCGUUGACGAGGUAGAGAGUUUAACCGCUGUACGAAAGUCUGUAGCCUCUGCUUGUGAGCCCAGCGAAGCUCUCCGUGUUGUCAAUGCAGUUCUGACUCAUUUGGAUCAGCUCAAACACUAUUCCAAUGUCCUCGUGAUGGCGACCUCGAAUGUGACCGGUGUGGUGGAUCCCGCAUUUCUUGACAGAGCAGACAUUCGUGCCUACAUCGGGCCCCCUUCAGCUGUAGCCAUCUACUCUAUAUAUGCCUCCUGCCUAAAUGAACUCAUUCGGGUUGGUCUCAUAGAACGCCAAAAGUCUGGCCUGCUGAACUAUCGCGUUCUGUCAGCAUUGCAAUUCGUUGAGAGUUCAGUAACCGCACCAAGUUUGGGAGUGUGGCGUUUGGCGCAGCGCAGCGUUGGCCUUAAUGGACGAGCACUGCGGAAGCUGCCGCUCUUGGCACACGCCUUCCAUAUGGACUCCAAGUACCACCCUGGUCAAGUUCCCCUUCUGGCUAACCGAUGGAUUGCCAACAACGCCGACAGUGAGAAUGUUCCUCCCCCACAGGCCUCGACAUCAGGCUCAGAGAGAAACGCCUCGUCCGCCGUUCCCCUUUCGGUUUUCGUCGAAGCGCUCCAACGCGCGGUGGAUUGCCACUUUUCUGAUCAACCGUUCACCGCCGAAUACAUGGGCGAGUCGAAAUCAGGUGCAAGAAUGAAGGGGGCUGAUUCUGGUAGCCCUCCUGGUGCCAACUCUACCACCUCUUCAGUCGUGGUCAAUUUCACUUGA